AUGUUGGAGGUCCUCACCUGUGGGGAGGGCGGGGCUAGUGAGCUCAGUACCAUCCUGAUGGUGCCAGAGAAGCAGCGACCGUUCCUGCAGGCCUACCUCGGAGCAGUGUGCGGCGGGGGGGAGGGUCAAAGAGCAGAGCGCUUCAGACUGCUGAGCCUGGAGCUGAGAGAGCAAAUCAACACCCAGCGGGUCAGAGAGAAGCUCCAGCUGGAGCGGCCCCGCUCUGUGGCCCCCCUCUCUCAGGCCGACCUCAGGGCCUUGCUGAAGGACCUGGCUGAUAUGGAGAGGCUUCUGAAGGACGUGGACCUGCUCUCUGGCCUGGCCCGCCUGCUGCCCAAAGGAGCCUGCGCUGGUCGAACUCCAGCCUCCCCCACAAACAUGACUUGGCCCCUUAACGCUACCACAUGGGGCCCAAACACAACUGACAUCCCUGGAGAAGAGGGGGGUGGAGGCGCAGAGGAAGGUGGAGGAACAGGAGGAAGGAAAGGAAAGGAGGAAGCAGAGAACCCUCACUCUCAGUUUUCAGCCUUUGUGCAGCUGUGGGCCGGACUGCAGCCCAUCCUGUGUGGGCACAACAGGUGAGAGCAGAGGACCAAUCGCACAGCAGGGUCAGUUUGAACACAGCAAAUCCUUCUGCGAGUAUUGUCUUUAUCAUUAAAAAUAUGAUUCUUUUUGAUUAAAACAUG